AUGCCGCCUGUUCUGUUUGAUAUCGUCCGUCGCAGCUUCGACCCUGGCGAGCCGUCACGCGAGUUCUGGGCGCAAUGGAAAAACCCCGGAGAUGUCUUCUCAGUACUGCUGAUCCUUGGUGGUGAUGUUGUCGCGCGAUGGGUUGCCUUCGCCGUUACUGCCGUUGUGUCCGCCGUGGGCGAGAACAAACUCAUGCCUCUCCCGGACUGCGCCUGCAAAGUAAUCAACGGGGAGUCUGGCUAUGUUCGAGAGAACACCUCAUGGAUCAUCGGACGAAUAGUCAGAGACUUCGAUCACUGGAAGGACGCAGCUGUUACCUCAAAGGUGAAAGAGCUGGUUGAGAAGAAGUUCGAGUUCGACAAAGCCAAGGCGCUGCAAGAAACAGGCUCUUCAGCAUCAGUCGAGAAAUCUACCCAAGCUGGGCUUUGCGUGUCCGUCUACGAGGCUGAACCUGCGCGCAGAGGCUAUCCUGGCUAUGACGCUCUGUAUUGGAUCGGGUUUCUCACCACUUUUGUCCAACUGGGCAUCGCCGCCAUUCCAGCAGGCAUCUUCGGAGACUGGGGGAUCUUCCUGAUUACGAUCGCUGGCAUUUUACUAUCUGUUGUGACAGGUGCUCUUCCACAGUGGGCCAAGGAGAAGUGGGCCUGCCGAAGCAAGUCUAAGAAGAACGUGAUCUUGACAAGGGGGAAUGGCAGCCAGCACGCUGUUGUCAUUCUCGGCAAUGGAAACGGACUCGAUCUUGAAGAUCUUGCGGCUGGUCAGACGAACGUUGACGUUUCAGCUUCUUGGUUUACCCGGGUCACACUGAUCGCACUGGCCUUGCUCUGGAUCCUGCUUCUGAUCACGGCCGCUGGCAUUCAGCAGAAUACUUGGUUCUUGCUUGCUAUUGGCGGUGUGGGCAUCCUUCAGAACAUCUUCGUCGCCGGAUGGAGACGCGAUCCGAAAGCCUUUGGUGUCCCGCUCCAAUUUGUCAAGGUCAUCGGUGAGAAUAAGGUGAUGGAGGCUCUUUAUAAAGUCGAGGAAGACUAUCACCAUGUUGGCGCCAGCCUGAUCGACACGUUCUUCCCUGGCAAGCUCAGAUCCGGCGAGAAAACAAGGUGGGAGGACUAUGCGAGAAUUGCUAAACAAAAGGACGACGCGGCGAAGGCGGCGGCGCAAGCCGGCAGGCAGCAGAAUGGUGGAACUCAGAACACCGCAUGA